AGGCUGGAAGCAGCAGGCGCACUGCGAGGGCGGAACAGGUGCCGACGCAGAGACGCGAGUAAAGAGAGAGUGAGAAGGACGCAAAACUUGAACUGGAGAAAAGACUGGACGCUAGAGCCGCAAGCACAUCAGACACUGGGUUGUUCGCGACAGGACAGCAGUGCCGGCCAACUCGCGAUAGAGGGAUGCCGGGGGGGCAACGCGGUGACGAAGGAAUCGCGAGAAAUGGUCCGGCAGAUCUCCCACAUCACCUGCACCUCGCCCGCGGGCUGGCUGGGAAGAAAGAAGAUUUACGGUCCUGGCGCAGCGGCCCCAGAGCGCCCCUCUCCUUCACCAGUCGGCACGCGGAGAGGCCCCCGUGGCGUGGUGGGCGUCAACGGCAGCCUCCAUUCGGGACUGAAUCAGCCCAGCAGGCUAGAGCCCAUCCGUUCGCGAACGACAGGCCCGCGAGAUCCGCCAGCCCAGGCGUCCCAGGCGUGUCGCGGGGAGACGACACGCGUCGGCCAAUUGCUGUCUGUCGCGACGCUGCUCUGUGGCGAUGGGAUGGGCGUUGCAGCUGGCAAUUGGGGUGCCGACGCUCAGCUGCGAUGCCAGCACACCGCGCACGCACAGUUACAGGACUCGCAGGGUGCCGUUAUGAUGAUGCAAGAGCUGCCUCUCACGUCGACGCCGAGCACGCGCAUGCGACAAGGUCCAGGAGAGGUGCUGAGAGCAAGCAGGGCACCAGGGCAGGCAAGCUCCACGCUCAGGGCAAGCGAGAUUAGGCCAAAGCCUGACAGGGCUGCUGGGGAGAGCUCGUGGCGGCCUGGCUGGAGCUCGUCGCCAAUCACCACAGCGGAGCCAUAUGGAUUGCUGGCCUCAGGGGACGCUCUCCCGGGCCCCGCGAAAAUACACUGCAUAAACCGGAUGUGUCCUAUCCCCAACGGCUGCGGAGGCCGCUUCUGUGACCGUGGUGUUGGGGGAGCGAGGCUCUUCUUGGCACAGCACGAGGGGCCUCGCUGUGCCGGAGUUGUGAAGAUGGCACAGGAUCGGGCCCAUGAUCGCCGAGAAGCGCCUCUGGGCUUGAUCGCCCGGCUGCAGCCCGUCCACGACGGCUUCCCGAGCUCGAGAUUGGCCACGCCCAGGCCGCCUCGGCCUUCCGUCGCGUGA